GAAUAACAUAAUUAGCUAAGACCUGUCAUAGUUGUCAUGUCAUCAGCUGACAUCUGUCAAAUUAUUUAUAAAAGCAAAGUUCGAAGGUCUUUUCUACAUCAUUUUUUUAAUACAAAAAUAAAAACUAACAACGCAAUGGACGUGAUUAAUUCGAUAAAAAACAUGGACGCGGAUUUCGGAAUUUUGAGCAAAUCAACGUGGCUGGUGAACGUGUAUUUACAAUUCCAAGAAACUUACAAGUUUUUCUACAUAAUAAUAUUAGGAGUGCUAUUAAUCGCUGGUACUUUAACUACGUUUAUAAUACGAAGAUGCACCAAAAAAGUGUUCACGAGGAAAGAAUCCUUCUCGCAGGAAACCACCAGGUUCCGCAAACGCGACAAAGCCCUCUUCUACGGCCGAAAGAUGAUCCGCAAAGUGAAGAACAUCUCCGGCCAGGUGCGCAGCUCCUCGGGGCAAGGCAAGAAGCGCAAAAUGGUGAUGAAACUCGCCCGCCGGCUCCUCCAACUGAAAAAAGACACCGACCAGGAGCAACUCAAGGUGCUCGAGCCGCCCGCCGAGUACCUACAAGAAGACACGUUGAGCGACGAGCGAAUGCCCCCCGACGUCUUGUACAUGCUGCAAAGCAUCAGAGUGUUCGGCCACUUCGAAAAACCUGUAUUUCUCAAGUUAUGCAAACACACGGAGAUUGUUAAUGUGCUAUCCGGAUCGUAUUUGUUUCGAAUCGGUGAUCCUGAUGAGAAUGUGUAUAUAGUACAAAGCGGUAAAUUAAACGUAUCGAUAACCGGUAACGAUGGUUUGAAUACAUUAAAAAUAGUUAAACCCGGCGAAUCGGUAACAUCUCUACUCAGUUUUACGGACGUAUUAACGGGCCACACGAACCCAUACAAAACCGUCUCAGCCAAAGCCACCGAAGACUCCACCAUCGUCAAGCUACCCAUGCGAGCCUUCCAGGAGAUCUUCAAAGAGUACCCCGAUAUAUUCGUGCGCGUCCUGCAGGUGAUCAUGAUCCGAUUGCAACGGGUCACCUUCACCGCAUUGCACCAGUACCUCGGCCUCAGCGCCGAGCUCGUCAAGCAACACUCCAAGCACAAGCAAUCCUUAACAGGCUCCCCAAUCAAGAAGCGCAAAGAGGAGAUUUGCAACGAGAAACCCCCGGCGAUGGGCCACAAACGCAGCAAGUCCUCGGUGGAAUCGAAGUCUUGUUCGCCCAACAGCCAAUCGGGUACCACUGUGGUGGAGAAUGAUAGUUGUGUAGAUGCUCAGAAGAAGCGACCUUCGAAUCCCGAAAUGGUGACCGACGAAGAGCUCAUCGAGGUGGCCACGGAGGCGUUCGUGAAACAAUUGGGGUUGGAAGACGCGGGGAUUAUCAAAGGGAAAGUGGACAUUCGAGAGGUCUCAGCCGGUACUUACCUGAUGAAAGAGGAAUCCAAUAAAGACGCCGCUUUGGUGUACGUGAUUUCGGGGGCGUUAAUAGUAUCGCAAAAGUUGGCUGAAACCGAUGAGGAGGUGACCAUGUUUACGACGCAUUCGGGCGAAAUCGUAGGAGGCCUGGCCGUGCUAACCGGAGAACCGAGUUUCUUCACCAUCAGGGCCAAGCACUUCACGCGAGUCGCCUCCAUUUCGAAGAGCAACAUCUACGCUUUGAUGAAAGACCAGCCGAAGAUCGUCCUCUACAUAGCCCACGUGGUGGUGCAACGGCUGUCGCCGUUCGUGCGCCAAGUCGAUUUCGCCUUGGAUUGGAUAUUCACCGAAUCGGGCAGGGCCAUCUAUCGACAGGACGACGAAAGCGAUUCGACCUACAUCGUUCUAUCGGGUCGAUUGCGAUCGGUCAUCACGCACAAGGACGGCAAAAAGGAAUUGGUCGCCGAAUACGGCAAAGGCGAUUUGAUCGGAGUGGUAGAAAUGGUGACGCAAACGAAGCGCAGCACGACCGUGAUAGCGGUGAGAGAUUCGGAACUGGCGAAAUUACCCGAAGGCCUGUUCAACGCCAUCAAAAUUCGCUAUCCCAUCGUGGUGACUCGACUGAUCAAGCUGUUGGGCCAUCGAAUAUUGGGCACGUGGAAGACGCCCGCUUUGGCGGCGCCCCGUCAAUGCGGCGCCCCCGCCGUCGAUUCGCGCCCUUCGACGUUGAAUUUUUCGACCGUCGCCGUCGUCGCGGCGUCCGACGACGUCCCGUUGACGGCGUUCACGUUCGAAUUGUACCACUGUCUUCGAGGCAUCGGUUCUACGUUGAGAUUGACGUCGGACGUGGUGCGAAAGACGCUGGGCGGUACUAUUAUGGAUCCGAAUAACGAGUACCGGUUGUCGUCGUGGUUGGCGCAGCAGGAGGAUCAGCAUCGGAUUUCGCUGUAUCAGUGCGAUUUGACGGUUAGCGCUUGGACGUUGCGUUGCAUCAGGCAGGCCGAUUGUAUACUGAUCGUUGGAUUGGGUAACAAUCAUCCGACGCUAGGUAAAGUCGAGAGGGAGAUCGAACGGUUGGCCGUGCGUACGCAAAAGGAGCUGGUGCUGUUGCACAGGGAGGACGGCAAGCCGCAGAACACCAUAGCAUGGUUGAACAUGCGCACUUGGGUGUCCUCGCACCAUCACAUCAUGUGCCAGAAUCGGAUGUUCGCCAGGAAAUCCGUUUACAGAAUCAACGAAUUGUACUCGAAGGUGUGCACUCAGGAGCCGAACAUCCACUCGGAUUUCUCGCGGCUGGCUAGAUGGUUGACGGGCAAAUCGGUGGGGCUGGUACUGGGUGGUGGAGGGGCGCGGGGUUCCGCCCACGUCGGCAUGAUCAAAGCCAUACAAGAAGCAGGAAUGCCCAUCGAUAUGGUGGGAGGUACGAGCAUCGGGGCGUUCAUGGGCGCCCUCUGGUGUAAAGAGAGGAACAUUACGACUGUCACGCAGAAGGCCAGGGAAUGGUCGAAGAAAAUGACCCAAUGGUGGCGGCAAAUAUUAGAUUUGACCUAUCCGAUGACAUCGAUGUUUAGCGGUAAGGAUUUCAAUCAUACGAUUCGAAGCACCUUCGGUGAUACUUACAUAGAGGAUUUGUGGCUGCCGUACUUUACGGUCACGACCGAUAUAACUUCCUCGUGUAUGAGAAUACAUACGCACGGCUCGCUGUGGCGCUAUAUACGUUCGUCAAUGUCACUGUCGGGUUAUAUGCCGCCCCUCUGCGAUCCCCUGGACGCCCAUCUGCUACUCGACGGAGGUUACACUAACAACUUACCAGGUAGUUUAUGGAGGUACGUGAGAGGUAGCAUGUCGAUUGUGGGGAUAUUUCCGCCCAUUUGCGAUCCGAUGGACGGCCAUUUGAUAGCCGACGGUUGUUACGUCAAUAAAGUACCAGCCGACGUGAUGCGCGGCCUCGGCGCCAAUCACAUCCUCGCCAUCGACGUCGGCUCCGUCGACGACCAGGACCUCACCAACUACGGCGACGAUCUAUCCGGCUGGUGGUUGUUGUGGAAGCGCUGGUACCCGUUCACCGAACCCGUCAAGGUGCCCAAUCUGCCCGACAUCCAAUCCCGACUGGCCUACGUCAGUUGCGUUCGACAGCUCGAGAUACUAGAUCCUAGACCUGUAGACCUGUCGCUCACUUCUCCAUCCUACUCUGGAUACCACAUGGUGAAAGGAGCGGGAUCUCAUUGGUUUGUUUGGUUUGUUUUCGGGGGAAAAAAGGAGGUGAAAAACAGCGAUUACUGCGAGUACAUCCGGCCGCCUAUAGACAAAUACAGGACGUUGCAGUUCGGCAGUUUCGACGAGAUCCGCGACGUCGGUUAUCGACACGGCAAGGCCUACUUCGAGGGGCAAUUGCGCGCCGGCAAUUUGCCCAUUUUCAAAUCGUUGGCUGACGUCCAUAAGGCGCAGAACAGCGCCAAUUACACCUUCACCGAUUUGGCGCAGAUGGUCUGCAAGGUCUCCAGGCCUUACGAAGAGGACGAGUCGACGUCGAGUUCUUCGGAGGACGAGGACGAAGGAAGGGACGGGUACGCUUCGGAACCCACCGUAGGACUAUCAGAGAAUAAGAGUUUGUUGACGCGACGGCCCGGGGGAUCCCUGUCGUUGUCCGAAAACGAAUUGGAGGAAUCCGACGUCGAUUUCGAUUUGAACCAAAGGAACAAAUAAUUUUAUUAUAUAGGAAUCAAUUUAUUUUUACUAGAUAUAUACAUAAAAGAAAUUAACGCCAUAUUGAGGAAACAACCGAAGAUUUAAUCGGUACAAAUGUGACUCAGUUUUUUCUAAAAAAAAAGUCUCUAAAAUAUAAAUUAUUAUUAAAUAUUAGGCCAUUUUUCCAGUAUGGUGCGUUAAAUUCGUGUAGUAGCUGUUUGGGUUUUGUUCACAAUUCGAUCAGACUAAUUGGUGAAAAAAAAUAACUAAAUAUUUCAUCUGAUCUGCGAACAAACCUUUUAUUAUUUACAUAAAUAAAAUGCCAUGUACAUACAUGUGAAUAACGGAGAGUAACUAAGAUGUACUGUGAUUAUUCUACCAUAAAAAAAACUGUACAGGUCCCUUAUUUUUGGGAUAAUAAGCUAUAAAAGACGGUAAGAAGUGGCAUGAAAUAAAGCACCGAAAUGGCACAUAAAUGAGGGUAUUUUUUUGUAUUUCAGGUACGUCCUGUAUUGUUUUUAUUACUAUUAUUACCGAUCUCUGUGAUGUUUUUUUUUGUUAAAUUUAAUAAAUUGUAUUAGCAAAAUUA